UCGGGGCGUCCCGUUCCUUUUUGACGUCACAAUCCCGAGAACCUGCAGCGGCGACAACAAUAACAAUAGCAGGCAGGGAUUGUUCCCCGGAGCCGAGCGGCCGAGGGGGAGCGUCGAGCGGAGCCAGCCGCCAAAACAGCUCGUCGCGUGUCCGGCAGUAGCGCUUGCUGCUGGCCGGAGCCGGACAGGAACAACCCAGCCAGCAACUCAGGAGGGACCCCGAAAUAGAAACGCCUCUGUCCCGCCAGCUAUGGCCUCGGGCGAGUCUUCGGGAGUGCAAGAAGAGAAUUUGCAGGGUUCCUGGGUAGAACUGCACUUUAGCAGCAAUGGGAACGGGAACGGUGGCCAGCCGGCCAGCCAGGAACAAGUUCCUGCUUCAGUUUCUAUUUAUAAUGGUGACAUGGAGAAAAUUCUUCUAGAUGCCCAGCAUGAGUCUGGAAGAAGUAGCUCGCGCGAGAGCUCUCACUGUGACAGUCCACCACGUUCCCAGACACCUCAGGACGUUCACAGAACUUCAGAAGUGGAGAGUCGUGCCAGCGGAGAAAAGAAUAGUUCUCAGUCUGAAGAAGAUUUUCUGGAAAGAAGGAAAGAAGUUGAACGGCUUCUGAAGAAAAAUUCAGAUUGGAUGUGGGACUGGUCGAGUAGGCCUGAGAAUAUUCCCCCCAAGGAAUUUCUCUUUAAACACCCAAAGCGCGCAGCUACACUCAGCAUGAGAAACACAAGUGUGAUGAAGAAGGGAGGCAUAUUUUCUGCAGAAUUCUUGAAGAUUUUCUUGCCAUCUCUGCUGCUCUCCCAUCUGCUUGCCAUUGGACUAGGGGUUUAUAUUGGAAAACGGUUGACAAUCACAGCUUCCAGCAGCUCCUUGUAAAAAGAAAUGAAUUUGUCUCUUUUGCAAAUUGUCACAAACUUCAUCCAGGCAUCAUAAAGCGGUGAACUGAAGAAAUUUUCAAAUUGUAUAAUCAUAAUAUGGGGGUGUAUGUUUUAUUGCAUAAAAGGCUCUUGCAAAAGGAAAUGAAGAAUGUCCAACUACCCAACUGCUCUUAUAUGUAAAUUCCUAUUUGCAUGAUUUAAUAAUAGUGUAGCUUAGAUCAGGAGUGGGGAAACCAGAACUACAAUUCCAGGAAACUCCAACUUUGGGCCAGUAGCAAAGGGUAUUGGGAUAUGUUGUUCAGCAUGCACAGUGGCCCACAUUUCAUUUUCCUUGCUGAAGAUUUUUCUUCGUUACUAUUAUUGCAAGAAUAAACAGUGUAGGAAAAAAAAAACCACCCCCAAAUAUUCUGUGAAUAUUCCUGGGAAGGAAUUAAUGUACAAUUUGUUUUUGUCCAGUUGCGAAAAGACUCGUGUUGAUUAGUUGUGAAAAAGACACCACUGUAAUUUCAAAAAAAAAGGAAGCUAUGGACAACAAAAGUAGAAUGGCCUAACAUUUCUUAAAGAGUACACUUUUCCUACUUGAGAUGAAAUGAAUUAGUAAGGCGCUUUGAAAUGUAUACAUGAAUCAGUGCAGUGUUUUGAUAUGUGUAUGUCUUAAUGUGGAACCUUUUCUUUCUGUUUCCAGCGAAAGUUUGUAUGCAGCUGUCGAGAUAAUGGUUUAGUAAUACAUAAUCUGAUUUUUCUCAGUCAGCCCAAAAUUGUGUGGUCAGAAAACUUAUAAGAAAGAAAGCCCUUAGGAAUUUCUUCCAAGAAGUUCAUUGUGGGAAAAUAGCAUUACCCAUUCCGUUUUCCCCUCUUGACUGAUAAACAGAAAUCUCUUGUCUCUGAUUUCAAGGCAUUGCUUAAUGUUCUAAGUCAUCACCAGUGAGUCAUAUUGGGGUAGCUGGGUCUGCCUUUUUAAUCACAAAUGCUGUAGCUGUUAGCCACUGGUCUGUUCUGUGUGAAUAAAUAGGAAUUUGCUCAGGGUGAAUGAUGGCAGUUAUAGAAGAAGUAUCCAUUUGUCAGAAGCUGCUUUGCCGUCUUCGCUUUUCCAUGUUGGUUUUCUUCUUUCUUUCUGCUGUAGAUGCGCAAGGAGCUGGGAAUAUAUAGAUAGAUCGAGAGACGGAGGAAGGGAGGGAGGGGAAGAGAGAGAGAGAAUGGUUUUUUUCCCCUCCUGCAUAUUGCUGUUUUUAUUCUAGAUGUACAACAGACCAGAUCCCUGUUAAUAUAGAAUGGAAACACAAUGAGCAUGAAGACAAGGCAUAGAUGGCUUGACAUUCACACACGUUCUUUCCACAUGUUCAACAUUGAGUCAUAGUAUCUGAUAGAAAUGUUAAGGAAGAUUCAUUUCUAGUCUGAAAAAUGUCUUCUGUGGUUUCCAUGUUCUAUUCAUAAGGAAGAUUUACAAAGUAUGAGUGGUGGUGAGGGCAAUCCAGGCUUCCCCAUUCCUUACAAAAAUUGGGGACUAAAGGUAUAGGGCCUAUGCUAGGUUCUGGACAUAGUUUCAAUAACCCCUAAAAGAAAAUGAUAUUUUAAGGGAGGAUAUCCUUAUGCUGAAAACUAUGAGCAAAGGCCACAAUUAAACCUGCAAGCUCAGCAUUGAACUGGCAUUGUUUUAAGGCCUCCCAUUAUACAUUUUAGCUGCCUGGCUUCUAGCCUAGUAAGACUUGAGAUUUUCUCGUACAAAAAAACAAUGCAUUGUAGCCUCUUGUUACUUUUAUUUAAAGGUCUUAUUGUUCAUCGGUUACAAUAAAGGAUGAGAUUCAUUUAGGAUUUACACGAUGUAUAAACCAGACAGUACAACUUAUUUAAUAAAGUGUCGUUAAAAAAAAUUGCCUUAGCUUUAUGUGUGAAGGCAGCUUCUGGGUUACAGCAUGCAUAGCAUUGCCGAAAGGUUGGCUUGAUUAAGUACUUUCAUAGCUAUUCUCUCAAGAGGGUUUAAUUUAAAAGUGUGGGAGAGGGUAGAAUAUCAGUCAAGAUGGCAGCUGCACCCAUGAAAACAAAGUCCCACCCCCUUUUUAUGUGUGUUGGGAUAAGGAGGUGGGAUUUCAGUCAUGCAAUACCAGCUGCUGGUUUUUUUGUUUUUUUUUGAUUCCCUGAAUAUUCUGCCGUUAUGGACUCCCUAAUGAAAAUUUGUUUUGCUCUUUUGGGGGGGGGGGGAAUGAUUAAGAUCUAUCUAUAUUAUGUUUCUGUAGUAUUGGUGUAAUUUUUUUUUUCUUACACCAAUUUUGAUCUUAUUUGGCAUGUGAUUUAUUUUAUGCUUGAGUUAGAACUGGAAUGAAUAACUGAUACUGUGCCCCUCAGAUCAUCCUAUUGCAAUGCUGCUCAACUUUGGCAGCGUUAAAUGUGUGCACUUCAAUUUCCAAAAUGCAUGGCUGGCUGGGGAAUUCUGAGAAAUGAAGUCCACGCAUUUUUCACAAGCUUGCAUCAUUUGCAGUAAAUGCAAUUUAUCAACUGAAUAACUUUUAAUUUAUCUAGUUGCUAUAUAUUUAUACAGGUGGAGGCACCACAGGUUUUAUAGUUUGUCUUGAACAGA